GUCACUGACGUAUUGCACUUUGUGUUCGUUGGUUGAACUCUUUGCGUGGCGCGAGUUUUGAAUGUGUAAAUAAUGUUACACACAGCAUCUCAUCCUGAAACUGUAUUACACAGGCAGCACAAUUUCAACGUAUAUCGAUGCUGUUUACCUGUGCUCGUGCUGUUAAUAAACACAGCCUCACCACACUUGAUAGUUAAUGGUAUUGAAGGAGAAACCGUCAUCUUGGAGUGCGUUCACAAAAAUGUGGAAGUUGCAGAACAACAACUUGAGGUUCACUGGAGGCACAACGACAUCCACAAUGUUUAUGAUAUUAUGCACGGCAAGAUUUCUUUGAAGGAACAGCACUCAGUGUAUAAAGACAGAGUGUCUGUUGUACUUGAGAAGUGCAAAACCGGCAAUUUCUCUCUCAAACUGGAAAAUCUUCAACGAUCUGAUGAAGGAAUCUACCUCUGUUUUGUCCCGACUGUCGAUGUUUUUCAGAAUGUAGAACUGGUUGUCAAAGCAAAAUCAUUGCAACUAUACAGAGCUGGUCGGUUGAGAAGUCAAAGUACAGCCACAAGACCGGGACUGAUUCUCCGUCUAAUCCCUGUAUUUGGAUUUAUUAUGCACAUUAUUUAAAUGUGUUGUUUUACUAUACAUUUAGGACUCAUCAGUAGAGCUGUCGCGGUAACCGCUGUAUUGUACUACCGCGCUACUGACAAGCGAACCGCAGGGACAGGAACACAACCGCAGAAACCGCGGCAACCACCUUUUUUUUCAGUAUGGCAUCAGGGUAUGCUUUUCUUUUUUACACCUUUGCAUUCGGCAUUGAAUGUUUAAUAAAUCAAUGAUGAAUACAAGAGUGUUACGUGUAUCAUUGUCCCGCCAAUUGUUCGUAACGGUUGUUUUUAAAGAUGGACGCAAUGCUGGCUCUCUGGUCCCAAAACCUAAUGUAACGUCGCCAGUUUGGGAAUACUUUGGGUUUGAACCGAAUGUUAAGGGAGAGCCAGCUAAUUUAGAUGAGCCGAUAUGCAAAAUUUGCAGAAGAAAGGUGCUUGUAACACACAGCAAUACGUCGAAUUUGAGGUCUCAUUUUACAUACAACCUCCGCAUCAGCGUCCGUACCUAGGAGAGUUUGCGC